UGGCUGAGACGUAACAAUGCAGCCUCACCCUCCUUGAAUUACUGACGCCUUCAAUCCAAAAUGUCAGUUUCACAAAUGGAGAGAGUACUGUAAGGAGCUGAAAACUCAUCAUGGAGAUUUGGAAUUACCUCUGGCAUUUCAUUUUCUGUCUUUUUCUGUGGCAUGCGGGCUGCGAAAAUCAGACAAGAGCAAACAAUGGCAGUUAUACAUCCAUGUCCACAUCGCGCAGCUCGCCAGCAGCCAGUGACUCUCCUUCGCCUGGGGGCUCCUCACCUGUGCCAUCCAGCAGCACGCCAAGCAACAGCCAAGGCAGCACUGAAGCUGAGUUGACCAUGACAUCCCAGCCAUCGAUGGCACUCACGUCGUCUGGUCCAGCAUCCUCUGCUGGUCUUCAGGGCUCUGUGACGGUGCUGACAACAACAGCCCUCACGCAGGGGCAGACCACGGUUCAGAUGGCGUCCACCUCAGCGUCCACAGACAGACCCCUGUCUUCCACGGCUCCGGCCUCUCCUGCUAGCCAGGACACCACUCGCCAUAGCACCGGUGGAAGUCCCACCACGACCCACCUGAGCGGCACAACGGAUGAAACGAACGUCCUGACAUCCAGUGUUUCCCCUGCAACAUCUUUGGCAGCUGCGUCCAUGACUACGUCAGACAGCAGAGAAGCGUCGACAGAGAAUGAACCCAUGAGACCAUCUGGUACUGCCAGCACGACUGGAGUUUCUGGCAGUAGCCAGGCCACCAGCGUCGCUGCCGCAACAGUGAGGCCUGACACCAGUUCCACAGCAGUGGCCACGGCGAGUGGCAGUGCGGGCUCUGUUUCUCCAGUGCCUAGCUUGUUGUCAUCUUUCUUUACCACAUCUUUGGGACCUGUAUCUCUGUCAAAUUUUAAUCCAUCCAGCUCGUACAUUCCACCUUCACCUGCAUUGUGCUCUCCUGUUACUCUCUCCAUACAGCUGGAGAAUGUGACCAGUAAAACCAUACAAUUCAGCUGGAAACCUCAAGGUGGCACAAGAGACAGUCCUUACCAUGUGCGUCUCUGGGAGGGACCUAGAGAAAUGGAGAAUAGAAGCUUAAAUGAAACUAGUACUGCUUUUGGAAGUCUGCUCUCUGAUCAUGAAUACCAAGUAUCUGUGGAUGUUUUAACUUGCUCUAAGAAUGUCAGUACAUCGAUGACCGUUCGGACAGUUGCUAAAGUCUUCAAUGGAACAACUAGGAUUACCAAUAAAGACUUCAUACCUGAAUAUCUGAACAAAUCAAGUACAGAAUUUAAGAAAUUUGAAGCCAAGUUCAUUGAGGAGAUAAAAAAACAUCUGCCAGCAGUGAUCCUGAAAUUAAUAGAGGAAGGGAAAAUGCGUAUUGUAAUUAAUAGCCUCACGAAUGGCAGUGUGAUUGCAUCCUUCAGCAUUGUGUUGGAUGGAGGAGAAAAUGUAACAAAGACAGAGAUUUCAGAUGCUUUUACGGAGGCCCUUAACAUGAGUACAGUAUUGAAAGCUGACCUUAAAAAGACUAUUAUAGAAGCAAGGAAUAGUUGUCAGCCGGGAUUAAAUGACUGCUCACAAAAUGCUACCUGCAGUGCUGAAGGAGCAACUUAUUCCUGUCAAUGCAACGAAAGAUUCACAGAUAACAGUCCCCGAGUUCCAGGGAGAGUUUGCCAACUAAAGCAGAAUCCACCUUCACAACAGAUAACUACAGUCCCUCCAGAAAGUGCUAUGGGUAGAUCUACAGGAACCACAACUAGUUCUCCUUUUGCUACCACAUUUACAUCAGGAGCUUGCAUGCCAGUGUUCAUUAAAGUUGAGAAUGUAUCUGCGGAGGCAAUACGACUCAGCUGGACUUCAGAGGAUGGCAAGAGAGGCAGUCUCUACACCGUCUUCCUCAUGGAUGGAAUCCAAGAGAUAAAUAAAACCACUACAAAUGAGACAACAAUUACGUUUAAAGAUCUGCUUCCUGGUCACGUAUACACAAUAUCUGUAGAAGUAUUAUCUUGUACUGAGAAUAGCAGGAGUUCAGUGAGGGUCCGAACAGAUCCUGUUUCCUGUUUCAACAGAACUGAUUUUUGCCUAUCACAGAAUCGUGGUUGUCCAGACUUAAAAUAUAUUAUAUGCUCAAAUUACCAAUCCUUUGCCUGCAGAGCUUUGUUAAAAAAACAGAUAUUUAACGAUUCCCUUUAUGACACUGAUAGUGGAGGCUACAAAGCAAUAUCUGAAAGUAUCAAAACAGAAAUUGUUACAGAAAUGCGCAUCAAAUUGAAAGAUGAUCAUUUUGAUAUUAUGGUGCUUGGAUUCAGACCUGGGAGUGUGAUUGUUUAUUUUAUUUCUGUACUGCAAAAACAAGAGCCUGUUGAUGUGAAAGUUGUGCAGGAAUACCUAAGCCAAAUAUUAAAGAGCAAGUUUGGUGAUCAAACUGAAGUACAAGUACAAUCUCUGUCUACUCAGUCAUCAACUGGAAAAAGUUCUUCCUGGAAAGUGGCAGUGAUUGUCCUUGGAGUUUUACUUGGAGUUGCAUUAGUGCUAAUUUUUCUGCUAAUAUUGGUUUAUAUUUGGAGGAAGAAAAGUUCAGGUAAAUACCUCGUUGAACCUACAGGACUCCUGGGAAAUUUUGUCUACAAGCACUUGUAAUGUAAGCCAUCGUUUUGACUUACGUAUUUUGGGUACAGGGGAAAAUUAAUAUAUUUGUCUCAAAAUUCUUUGGCUUUGUUAAUCAUUGAUGUUAACCUAAGAUAACCCUACCUUCUCCUUCCGAAAAUCUUUUCCUGGGCUCAUGAAUUAUCCUCUAAUGAAUUAUCCUUUUGACAUUACUCUUGGGUGUGGAAUUGGGAAUUUUCCUCAUAGUAGGUAGGGAAGACCGAGGCACUGAGAAACUCCUGUUUAGACUACCCACUGUAGGCACUGCAAUGACUCCUAGCCAUUGACUGUAAAGAGAGACAGAAUUAGAACUGCUCGAUACUCUCUUAUGUUUAAAUGACACAGCAAACUGACUAAUCUUCGUACCUAUAGCAGGACACUUGAUUACAAAUCUGAUCCCAGAGUUUAGCUUUAUGUUAAAGGUGAUUCACCUAACGAGAGAUUUUUAUCACCAUAUGCAGAUGCCUUUUUCUCUCCAGUGACUGUAAAAUGGGCCCAGAACAGUUCGUGUUUUAGCAUAUGCAGCUUGGUUUAGAGUCUGGAGGAAAGUGAGAUAGAUCUGGGCAUUAUGGACUUGCCACAGAUGUCUCUGGUGAAACAGCAAAAUUAUCUGAAGGCUUCUGAAUUCAAGAUUUGAUUCCUUAAUUCUUGGGCUGUGAAGAAACAAAUGCCCUCACAUGACAAAUGGACAGCAUGCUAGACACAAAUGUCAUUUAAAAGGAAAUCAGUAAUUGUGUAGUUUGACGUGUUACUAGAAGAUGGGAGAAGGGAUACAAAAUAUCUAGACUGAAGUAAUUUGUCAUUUUAAUUUAUGCCUGUCAAAGAAAGCUGGGCAAGAGUGUGUCAUAUAAUGCCGUUUUGCCUUGCUCCUCAUAAUCCCAAAGCAGAGUCUGCUGAAAGCAGCCCAGUGGAUCCUGUGGCAUUGCACAACACCCUGUGUUCUAGGGAAAUGGAAAGAAACAGUCUUUAUUUGUUUUCACCACCCUUAGCUGCAGUCCCAGUGAGGAUACUGUCUGCUUCUCCUGUAGUGUAUUUUUCUCCUUGGAAAGCGCUGAACAAAUAAUUAAUGGCAGUAUAUUUCUGUACAUAUUUUCAGUAGGAGUUAUUUAUUUAAUCUCAAAGCAGUUCUCCCUAUGUCUGUGUAUUUUGUCUGUAUACCAAUGCUCAGCAUUGAAGUACUGAAGCACUGAAUACCUUGUGAUGUUCUGAGACCCCGGAUCCUGCUCUCUGAGCAGUUCAUGCCCUUUGUCUUUGCUGAUUACAUUAUGGUUAGUUAGCAAGGGUUAGAGUAAGGAAGUGUCCAGAACUGGAGCAUGUUAUAGGACAUCAGCACUCAAAGAGCCUCUGUGUGCAGUCAGGUUUUAUAUAUCCUUUCCUACAGGGUAAGCAGAAAGGUGGAGCUGGCCUCACCACCUGUAGGCUGUAGGCUGUUCAGGUUGUCAAAUCACCCCAGUGGAAAUCACAGCCAGCCAUGAUCUCUGCCCUUGGCUUAGCAGCAGUGUUGGUGUGAGGCCAAUGGCCCAUGCUGGUUGCGUGAGCACUUCAGUGUGAUUAAUAUUUAUUAAAAUUCUUUCUUGUAGGUUAUAAAUACAGCUGAUUUUGCUGUUUCCCACUCAGGGAAAAUAACAUUUAACAAUGCAUUCUGCCAGUAAAUACAAGUUCUCUGGUGAGCUGUGUUGAAAAUACCAAUGCGCUCUUUUGCUUAUGUUACUACUUUUUAAUUCCUUGUGAGGGGUCUACUUUGAACAGCAAUCUCUUAUUGUUAAUAAACCUUUCUAAUGUCCUCGCAAAUAAUGUUGAACUAAAGACCAUGUACAGCAGGGUUGUACUAUGGAAUUCUGGGAAUAGCUCCUGUAAAAUGCCUUUAUCUCUAAAGAAAUGUGGUAUUUUAAAUGACUUUUUUCCCAAAAGUUUUACAAAUAAAAUUUCUGUUUUUACAA